AUGCUCCAUCAAGAUAAGAAGACAGUUCAAAAGCUCCUCCGGGGCGCUGAUGUGAAUCGCUGGCAAGCCGUGGUCCAAGCAUGCCAGACCCACAAUGAGUUUGAGCGCAUCGAGGGCUAUAGUCCUUUCCAAUGGGCGUUCGGACGCCAGCCAACUAUGUCCAAGAGAUUUCAUGAUGCUGGCUACGACGACCCGCGGUGGACUUCGUCCCCAGUUCCAUCGAGCAACAUGGCUGCUAAUUUGAAGCUUCAAGUUCAAGCCCAACAAAACUUUUUGAAGCUCCAGUCACAAGAGGCCAUCACUAGAGCUGCCAACUCCAAGACCCGCAGAGCUUUGGUUUUCCUUCCAGGUGAUUUGGUUUUCUUCAAGCGCAUCAAGCCACCAGCUCAGCCCCAGGCAAGCGCGCGGCUGGCACACAAGAUAUGGCGCUGGUAUGGGCCAGCUCGUCAGAGUAGCUCUAGUGCUAGCCGGGUAGACCUUGAUCGGUACCUCACCGAUCCCGCGUAUGCGCCAGCGCCGCAUGCCACGCAGAGCAGCAAUCGCUCGACCUCCGAGCUCUUCCAGCAGCCGAUGUUCAAGAAACGUCGGAAAGAACUUGGAGUGAGCGACGCUGAAGAGUUUUUGGUUUCAUCAUUUUUCAUGUCCGAUGGCACCUCGCCCUUGGAAGGAAUGGCCUGCGCCAUCGAGCUCCCCAUGCCUGACGAGGCCAGCGACUGGAGGCGCCUGAAACGCUCUCCCGACGCCUUCUACGCCAAGAAGAUCAAAGGAGCAGAAUUACAGUGGCACCUCUUGACAGUGGACCAGAAGAAGGAGCUCGAGGUCGCAAAGCAGGCCAAAGAGGAAUGGGCAGAAGCUUUGACGGGAAUCGAGCAGAUCAACUUCGAGAGCCGGCCAGACCAUGAGUUGGCCAAUGCUGAUGGGCUCACUCAGAACUUCGUGGAGUCCUUGGUCGAGCUUGCUGUGAGCCGCGUCCCCACGGCACUAGUGGUGGACGCGGGAGCUUUGUAUGAUGUGCUCCAAAAGAAGGAUUUGAAUAGCUCGGCAGCAGGUUUGAAGGACAAGUUUUCGUCCUUGGAAGUUUUGUGCCUCCUUGAGUCACUGAGCCGGAUGGAGACCACGGUUCGGUGGUCUGAGGCCCAACUGGCCGACGCUUUGACCAAGCCCUUUGCCACCGGGAGUGCUCCAGAAAGCGCUGAUCGAGGGCUGUUGGACCUUGGCCUUCGAUCCAACCAGCGUGAAGAAGCUUCGUGCGAAGGCAAGGGAGUUGAAGCCUGA